AUGAAAAUAUUUGUGAGUAAUAAUAUAGUUCUUUUUGUCCUUGUUGUAACAACAACAAUUGACGCUUCGCGUAUCUUCUAUCUUCCCUUACCAAAAAUACAUCCAACACAUCAACAAAUAGAAACACCAAAAAUUAAAGAAGAAACAACUAAAAAACCAAUAAGUGAUGAAUUUAUACCACCAUCAGCAAUUGAACAAGAAGAGAUUGAAAAACGAGGAGAAAACUUUGAUUGGGAAGCAUUGAUAGACAAAGAAGCGGCAACAAAACGUCGAAUAACUGUCAAUGAAAUUGUACCUGAAAGUUUUAAACAACUAGGUCAAGAAAAUCAAGUGGAUGAACCAAUUGAAAACAAAGUGAGCGAUGAUAGUGAACAAUUAUCCGUCAAUAAACAUUCUCAAAUUAAUGAUCAACGUUUUCCUGAAGAACCAUGGUUUGUAGAUCAUGCUAAUGCACGAGCUGAAUAUUUACAAUCGAAUGCAGCAUUAAAUUCUAUUGAAAGAAAAAAACGACGUAAUGAUACAUUAUUCAUCGUGAUUGUGGGAACAUGUUGUGUAGUCGGUUUUGUGGGUCUCGUUGCGGCAGCUAUUUUCUGGUACAAGAUUCAAAAGAGAGCCGAAGCAGCUGUUGAUGCCGAAUAUCCAUCAUAUGGCGUUACAGGACCUGUUUCUAGUGGUAGUAAAAUUUCACCGAGUUCAACGAUGUCUGAUCGAAAAUUGGCUCAAAGUGCACAAAUGUUUCAUUACCAACAGCAACGUCAACAAAUGAUGGCACAAGAAAAAGCUCAUCUAGAUGCAAAACCAGUCCAUUCAGACGAUUCAGAUGAUGAAGCACCCGGAGGGGGAGAUUAUACAGUAUAUGAAUGUCCUGGACUCGCUCCUACGGGGGAAAUGGAAGUACGCAAUCCACUUUUUGCUGAACCGGAUUCAUCAAUGAUAUCGCCAACAUCGAGCUCACAUCCAGCAACGAACAAUCAUUUUCCACAACCAUCAACAUCCAUUUCAUCAUCAUCCCCACCCAAAGAAAAAUCCUUACCUUGA